UGUUACUUUAUAAUUAUGAAAAUUGCAAUUAACAAUUAUCUAUAUCAAUAUCUCGCCGCAUUCACAGGAUGUUUGAGUAUGAUGUCAACUGGAAUGCAUUAUGGGUGGCCCUCACCGUCCUUACCCGUUCUGCAGUCACCCGACUCACCAAUGCCCAUAACCAGUGAACAAGGAUCUAUCAUAAUUACUAUACUAGAAUAUGGAAAUAUUGUGGGAUGUAUAGUGGGAGCCUUCAUUGUUGACAGGAUUGGAAGAAAAAACACCAUUCUGCUUACUUCACCGUUGUUCUUCGUCUGUUGGAUUAUGUUGGCUCAAUUCAUUUCAAUAUAUUUUAUGAUGUCUGCUAGGUUUCUUGCUGGUUUGUCAGGAGGAAUUAUAUGCACGGUUGCGCCUAUGUAUCUUGGUGAAAUUUCACAACCUGAGAUAAGAGGCCUUUUAAGUUCUCUAAUUCAAGUUUUGCACAUUUUGGGACAGCUAGUUUUCAACAUCUUUGGAAAUUUACUUGGUAUAGACGUCGCAGCAUAUAUAUGUGCUGUGGUUCCUGUUUUACAAUUUGUGACGUUUGUUUGCAUGCCAGAGAGUCCAUACUAUCUGAUAAUGAAAAACAGGCACAGUGACGCGGAAAAGAGCUUGCACAAAUUUAACAACGGUGUCGAAGUUGAAAACACCUUGAAAGAAAUUGUCAACUCUUUCAAAGAAGAAAAGGCUUCCAAAAUUAGUGUGUUUGAGAUAAUAACUGAUCCAGCAAACAGAAAAGCAGUGUACAUCACGUUUGGCCUGAGAUUUUUCCAACAAGCGACUGGAAUAACGGCAAUUAGUUUUUAUGUGAAAACUAUUUUGAUUGAUGUCAACACCGGAUUAUCUCCUUCUACAAUAUCCAUUAUAUAUUUCAUGUUGCAAUUAAUGGUGUGUUCGUUGAAUUCAACACUAAUCGAUAAAACUGGACGCAAACCAUUGCUGAUAUUUUCCUUUAUUGGAACUGGAAUUGCCAACGCAGUUUUAUCCAUUUACUUCUAUUUUAGUGCUACUGUAGAUUUCAGUGAAACUUACUACAAAUUUAUACCUGUGAUCGGUAUUUUAAUUUAUGUGUUAAUCUUUAAUAUUGGUUUAGCGUCCACCCCAGUAGUUUUAUUGGGUGAAUUCUUCAACACCAGAGUUAAAGCAAUUGCAAUGGCCAGUGCGGAUAUAUUUUUUUCUAUACUUAUAAUAAUUGUGUCUUUCUUUUUUCAAUUUACCAAAGAUUAUGUAGGACUAUAUAUUCCAUUUGCUGUAUUUUCAAUAUUGGCAAUCUUUGGAUUCUUGUUUGUAUAUUACUGUAUUCCAGAAACUAAAGGAAUGAGUUUAGAGAAAAUACAACUGUAUUUAAGAGGAAUUACAAAUGAUGAGGACAAUUAAAUAUAUUAAUUAGAUAUUUUAUUUCAAGUAUAUUUAACAUAUGUGACAACCAUUUGUAAAGAGAUUUUAAUUAUCUCUUCUAUUUUUAUGAAUUAUACUGAAACAUGGGGAUGAGAUUUGAUUUUAAAUAUAUGAAAAUUAAAAUGUAUGAUGUU